AUGAUCGAUUGUGGCAUGGCCCCAGUGAGCCCCGUGCCAUUCCUUGGGGGGCACAGCCGGAGAUUUAAUCAGCCCAAAUCCAAGGCGACAGAUCCCCCAACACCGUCCAUUUUGAGUAGUCGAAACCCAAUCCAGGGAUCGAGAAGGGACUUGUCUUUGGAUGGAUCACAGGAUCGAUGGGGCAUAAAAUACUACAGUAGCACACGAGUCUCGCUCUCUAAUGCUGACUGGGUCGUCAAGGCUGCUGAACAAGGCCAUGGAGGUCUACAAAAUGCCAUCCACGCUGCGGAAAAGUCGAGCUUGCUCAAGGACAAGAUGUGGGUGGGGACCCUAGGCAUGCCUACCGACUCAUUGACACAUCCUACCAAAAUGGACAUCGCUGAGACCCUCCAGCAUGUGUAUGAUUCGUUGACUGUGUUUGUGAGUGACAAAGAGUUUGAGGGCCAUUACACCCAUUUCUGUCGCGCGGUACUUUGGCCAGCUUUCCAUUACCAGAUGCAAGAAAGCCCUCGGCAUACUGAGUACGACGAUUACUCAUGGGUCCAAUACCUCAAACUCAACAUGGCAUUUGCAGAAACAAUCAUCAAGCACUGGAAGCCAGGUGACAGGAUCUGGGUUCAUGACUAUCACCUUCUACUUCUUCCUGGCUUUCUGAGGGAAAGACUACCUCAGGCUGAGAUUGGAUUUUUCUUGCAUACCCCGUUUCCUUCCUCCGAAAUCUUCCGUUGUUUGAAUCCACGCAAAGAGCUGUUGGAUGGGCUUCUGGGUGCCAAUUUGAUUGGAUUCCAGACAGAGGAAUACUGCAAUCACUUUCUGCAAUCCUGCAGCCGGCUGCUCAGGCUGGAGGUCUCUGCUAAUAAAAUUCACCUCAACCAUCGGUACGUUAGUGCUGUGAGUUCUCCAAUGGGGAUUGACCCUUCAUCGCUUUAUACACUACGCCAAUCCACCGAGGUCAAAAGUUGGAUACACAGCAUUGGCCAUAAAUACCAAGGGCAAUACCUUAUUGUAGCGCGGGACCGGUUGGAUGCACCUGGAGGGAUUAAGCAGAAGCUUCUUGCAUACGAGCUUUUUCUCAAGACAUAUCCAACAUGGAGAGACCAAGUGGUUCUAGUCCAAGUAAUGUCAUCUGCAUCUGAGAUCCCAGAGAUGGAGGUACAGAUUUCAAAAAUCGCAAUGAGGAUCAAUGCAACAUAUUCAACCAUCACCCACCAGCCCUUGGUGUUAGUCCAGCAAGACAUCAGCCACUUCCAAUUCAUCGCCCUCUUGAGUGUUGCACAUAUCUUCAUGGCCACUAAUCUGCGUGAGGGAAUGAACUUGACUAGCCAUGAUUUCAUCCACUGCCAAGAUGGUCAGCUUAGCUUCCAUCAGCAUGGAUCCCUAAUUCUCAGCGAGUUCGUGGGUAGUGCCUCAAUCUUUCGUGGUCAUAAACUUCUCGUAAAUCCCUGGGACUAUAAACAAUGUGCGGACGCGAUCAAAUCCGCACUCGAGAUGUCACCGGCGGAACGGAAACUUAACUGGAAUUUCCUGCUCGAUUGCAAAUAUUCCUACACUGCUCUAAAAUGGCACAUGAGGCUACAAGAUGCUCUCACAGAAGCCCACGGAAUACAACAAAACCGUCAGACAAUCGACCUCUCUCUGCUUUCACUCGAUGACUUGAAAAAGGCAUACCUCGCCACCACAGCACGGAUCUUCUUUUUGGAAGACGGCGCAAUCUUCGGUCCAGCUUUCGGCGUAGAGGGAUCUCUCCCCUCAAACAAAGUCUGUGCAACACUACAAACACUCACAAACGACCCCAAGAACAUUUUAUAUAUAAUCAGCAACCAAAGCAUCGAGCAGCUUCAAGCAGCACUCGAAAAACUCCCCUACGAGCUUGGUUUCAUCACCGAGAAUGGAUGCUUCCUACAAGAACCCGAAUCAGAUCUAUGGACUCCAUUUGUGCCCGAAAGCGCCAUGAAAUGGCGCCUCGGCAUUAAAAGGAUGAUGGAGUAUUUCCUCGAGCGAACAGAAGGCAGCCAAAUCGAGGAACGCCGCUGCUCCCUCACAUUUCAUUACGAUGGCGCACUCAACCACGAAGUGGCCGCUCGCCAGGCCUCCGAGCUAGCUGAUCAAAUCAAUGGUGCCAGUGGGCGUGCAGAUUUCCAUGUCGUCCGCGAGACGACAUCUGUGAAGGUUGAACCACCGCAUGCUUCGCUUGGAAAUGGGAAAGCUGCCACCUAUGUUCUAGACCAUCUUCCCAAUAUCCGAUAUCCCGAGUUUCUACUUGCAGCUGGUGGUUCUCGUAGUGGUGAGGCGCUGUUUCGCUGGGCGAAUGAUUUAGCUGUUGCCCCCACUGCUUCUCGGUGUGAUAAGUAUGAGCUUGGGAAAACGCUCCAUGUUACCACCGUGACAACCAGCACGCAUGCUACUGAGGCGAGGUCUAUGCUGCCACCUGGUUGUUCACUUUUGGAUUUUCUGGAUGAACUGGCGAGUUUCACGUCCAAUGGGGAGGAGACUAAAUGA